CAGAAGCAGGUCGGAUCCCAGAGACAGCUGUUUUUGACGAUGUCGUUGGACGCCAGAAGAAAGAACCAGCUCAUUGAUCAGUUUGUUGAUUUCACGCAGUCGAACUCGUCUGUAGCAAAGAACUUCUUGUUAUUGGCCCGGUGGGACUUGGAGGUGGCUAUAAACGAAUACCUUGCGUAUCAACAGCCUCCGAAUGCCAGCCGCAAGGACAAGAAGAGCAUAUUGGCGAUAUUUGAUGAGUACAAAGAUGAAGAAGAUAAGAUUGGUAUUGAUGGCACCCUGAGAUUCAUUGAAGACUUGGGGUAUGAGCCUGAAGAUCGUGCCGUUCUUGCCCUUGCAGAGUUUCUCGAGAGUCCAUCUGUGGGUGUAUUCCCAAGGAAGAACUUUCUAAGCAAAUGGCAAUCUGUUAACGCAACGACCAUAGAGGCCAUGAAACAAUACGUUGAUCAACUAGACAAAAGGCUUAUAACAGACCCCGACUACCUGAAGAAGGUCUACAAAUUCACCUUUGGGUUCUUACUGGAAGAUGGACAAAAGACUUUGCCCUUGGAGACUGCAAUUGCAUAUUGGGACUUACUAUUGGCACCUGUCUACGGAGCGAAAGUUGGAAUUUGGUGUGAUUUCCUCAACGAGUCGUGGAAACGUGCCAUCAGCAGAGACACUUGGAAUAUGUUCUACGUAUUCCUACAAGACUGGGACAAGGAUCCAGAGUUGAAGUUGUACGAUGAAGAAGCUGCGUGGCCCAGUCUCAUCGAUGAGUUUGUAGAGCACGUUCAUGAUGAUUCAGAUAAAUCCAAAGAUUGAAGAACGCUGCAGGCGGAAAUGUGGGAUGCAGGCUACACUCUAGAGGGAUAAACGUGAUGAUGACACAUAAUUACUCGUAUCUACAUUGGUUAAACCCCUUUUCAGUAAU